AUGGGCAAAUUAAAGAAGUCGCAAAAGUUUGCGACACGCCUGGCCAAGAUGAUUAAGCCAACAGAUGCGAGAAUAAAAGAAAGCGAUCGUGUCAUUCGAAAGAAAAAGGAGGACAAGCAGGCUCUGAAAAUCAAAGAAGCACCACAGGUGUCGUCGGCAAUGUUUCUGAAAUACAACAGUCAACUUGGUCCACCAUACCACGUGAUUGUUGAUACAAAUUUUGUGAAUUUUUCAAUCAAAUAUCGAAUCGAUAUGAUGCAAGGAUUUAUGGAUUGUCUUUACGCUAAGACUAUUCCAUACAUAACGGAUUGCGUGUUGGGUGAAUUGGAAAAGCUCGGUCAACGAUGUAAAGUGGCGCUAAAGAUUAUUAAGGAUAACCGGUUCAAACGAUUGUCAUGUUCACAUAAAGGGAUCUAUGCUGAUGAUUGUAUCGUGCAACGUGUUACGCAGCAUAAAUGUUAUAUGGUGGCGACGUGUGAUAAGGACUUGAAGAGACGAAUACGUAAAAUUCCUGGAAUUCCAAUAAUGUAUAUAAGGCAGUAUCGGUAUUCAAUCGAGCGAAUGCCUGAUGCGUAUGGAGCACCGAUGAAUUGA